AUGCAACAUUUCCGAGAUUAUCGUGUAAAAUGCUUCGUUAUCUUGACCUUCGUUUCUCUUUUUAUUUGUUUAAAACUUAAUUCAAAAAGUGACAACGAUAAAAGACAGCAACUAUUAUCAUCAGAAACCAUUAUGAAUUAUUUACAGCAGCGUACAGGUAUGACUGCUACUUCAAAUCUAUCAACCAGCCAUGAUCAUUCAGCCAUUAAAGGCGCAAUGUCCAAUGGUCAUGGAGUUCAUAUGAAAGAUAUGAUGAUGAUGGCUAUGACUUUCCAUGGUGGCUAUAACGAACAAAUUUUAUUUGAUCAAUGGCAUACAACAACAGUUGGUGCAUUUACUGCCUCAUGGUUUGCAGUAUUUUUCUUUGCUGUACUCUACGAAGCAUUGAAAACGUUUCGAGAUGCAUUAUCAAAACGUGAUUUCUGUCAAGCAUGUAGUCAAACAGAAAAUCGUCAACAAACUCUCAUUCAAUCAGAUUAUCAACAAAACGAAAGACAUAGUGAAAAUGCUUUACUAUCGCCUGCUAGAAGCGAAAUUCGUCAAACGAAUAGAGCUCGUCUGUUGAGUUUUCCGCAUGCAAUCCAAACACUUUUACAUAUAGUACAAAUGGCAUUUAGUUAUUUAUUAAUGCUUGUAGCCAUGACUUAUAAUACAUAUUUAUUGAUUGCCAUUGUGCUUGGUGCAGGUUUAGGGCAUUUUCUAUUCGGUUGGCGUCGUUCAUCUGUUAUUGAUUAUAAUGAGCAUUGCCAUUAA